ACAAACAUAGAGAGUGGAUUGCAUUGAUUUAGGUCUUUUUUUUUUUUACCAAAGUAGCUUUCUGCUGUGCACAUCUCCACUAUUAGAUCAUCUGACUUGCACAGGACUGGUGUGUGCCUGAAUCAGCUUCCUGGGCAUUUUUGCCUGUCAGGCUCGAGGGGAGUUUUGUAACUUUCAUCUGUUUGUUAAUCUUUCUGAGAUCAUCAUGGGCAGCUUGUUCAAUGUGUUUAAGUGGUUGUGGUACCACAUCAACUACAUCAUCAUCUUUGUCACUCCGCUUGUCCUUCUUCCUCUGCCACUGGUCAUUCCCACCCCGGAAGCAAGAUGUGGCUAUGUAAUCAUCCUGAUGGCUUUGUACUGGUGCACAGAGUGUAUGCCUCUGGCUGUGACUGCUCUUCUCCCUGUCGUCCUGUUCCCCAUGAUGGGCAUCAUGAAGGCUGGAGAUGUCAGUAUUGAGUAUUUGAAAGACUCAAAUAUGCUGUUCAUUGGCGGCCUUUUGGUGGCCAUCGCAGUGGAGCACUGGAACCUUCAUAAACGCAUCGCUCUCCGGGUACUUCUCCUGGUUGGUGUUCGUCCAUCCCUGUUGAUGAUGGGCUUCAUGAUUGUGUCUGCCUUCCUGUCCAUGUGGAUCAGCAACACGGCCACAACAGCAAUGAUGCUGCCCAUCGCACAUGCUGUGUUGCAGCAGCUGCAGGUAACGGAAGCUCGGGCGGAAGAACGAGACCUCCAGACCGCAGCAGAAGAUAACCUCGGGUUUGAGUUGGAGAGCAAGGAGGAAAUCACGGAUGAAAAAAAGCCAGACACAAAGCUGCAGCUGGAGAACGGAGUGGUUCAGCCUCAAGUGACUCAAGAGUCCAUGCAGGAUUCUUGGAGAAAAGCUAUGGAGGCAAAGUACGACCUCCUGACUAAAGGGAUGAGUCUGAGUGUGUGUUACUCUGCGAGCAUUGGCGGCACUGCUACCCUCACAGGCACCACCCCCAACCUCAUCCUCAAGGGUCAAAUGGACAAGCUCUUCCCUGAAAAUGGAGGUGUGAUCAACUUUGCCAGCUGGUUUGGCUUUGCUUUUCCAAACAUGGUACUCAUGUUGGCAAUCUCCUGGCUCUGGCUUCAGUUCAUGUUUCUUGGCUUCAACCUGAAGAAGUCUUUUGGUUGUGGUAUAAAAAGUGACAGAGAUAAGGAGGCGUAUGCUGUGAUGAGAGGAGAGUACAAGAAGCUUGGUGGCAUGAAGUUUGCUGAGGGAGCAGUACUGACCAUCUUCAUUCUGCUCGUGCUGCUCUGGUUCACCAGGGAGCCGGGCUUCAUACCCGGCUGGGCCACGGUGCUCUUCAACAAGGAUGAUGCGUUUGUGUCAGAUGGAACAGUGGCCAUCUUCAUGUCAAUGCUUUUCUUCAUCAUCCCAUCUCGGCUGCCCACAUUUGGCAGCUAUGGUUUCACCGAGGCAGGUAAGCUGAUUAAGGCACCUCCAGCUCUGCUGAACUGGCAAGUGGUCAAUGAGCGAAUGCCCUGGAACAUCAUCCUGCUGCUGGGUGGAGGCUUUGCUCUGGCUUCUGGCAGUGAGAUUUCAGGCUUGUCCAAAUGGCUGGGAGAAAGUCUGGCGCCCCUGCAGAAAAUCCCCCCCUUCGCCAUCUCCAUUCUGCUCUCUCUGCUUGUGGCAACAUUCACUGAAUGCUCCAGCAAUACAGCCACCACCACUCUGUUCCUGCCCAUACUUGCUUCAAUGGCCACAGCUAUCCAGUUACACCCGCUGUACGUGAUGCUGCCUUGCACGAUCGCUGCCUCUCUGGCUUUCAUGUUGCCUGUGGCCACGCCACCCAACGCCAUCGCCUUCUCUUUUGGAAACCUCAAAGUCGUUGACAUGGUGAGAGCUGGAUUCAUGCUGAACAUUAUUGGGAUCCUGUGCAUUAAUUUAGGCAUCAACACCUGGGGAUACGCCAUGUUUAACAUGGGCACGUUUCCUCAGUGGGCCAACAACACACACAGUCAACCCUGAACUACAAUAAGAGGUGGAGGCACUACCUGUAAUGCCUUUGAAAGUAUUUUUAUAACUGUUUUAGCAGGACAUCGGGAGGUGAGGCCUGAUCAGAGUUGACUGACAUAAAUUGAUAGCCUCUGUUGAUAUGUUCUGAUGCAAAAGAGACAAUAUUCAAUAUUUUCCAGAGUCCCAUCCACUCACCAGUAAACAAGCUUUCAGAAAGAUACAAGAAUGUGUCAUCUAAAUUAAAAGAAAAAACGUCUAUGUCCAAAUUUGUAAAAUAGUCUUCAAGUUCUUUCUCCACUUAAGAUGGGGGGGACCUAAUAAAUUUAAUAAACAAUUCUUCAGAUUUAUAUAUUUAGAGAUGUAGGAAAGAGACCAUUGUAGAAUGAACUAGAAAAUUUCGGAAGAAAUUUAGACGGGGCCUGCCUCUUGGUGCGUGCUUCUCGGACCAGAGCUUGCUAUUUUUAUUAAAAUUCAUUGUCUAUGCUAUUAUCAGCUUAAAAUAUUACU